AUGGCUGCGGCCGUGAGGGACUCACGUGUGGGUGCGGGGAAAAAGCUGAAAAAUUCUCUAAAGAAGAAAAAGAAGAUGAAAAUGGUAGCCAGGGCAGUCGCUUCGGAGUUGGAAGAGGAGGGCAAAGACGCUACCGACAGUGGAGGUUCUGUAAGAAGCUAUGGAUCAGAAAAGGAUCACUUUUCUACUGAUGAUGAAGCAAUGGAAGCUGACAAUGAAGAUGAAGUUGAACCCCGUGGCAGUGAAAAUGGAAAUGCAGCGGAAGCUAGUGUUGGAACUAAUGUGGGCUGGGCGGAUGCAAUGGCCAAAAUUCUUAACAAAAAAACUCCAAGAAGCAAACCCACUAUUCUAGUCAAAAACAGAGAGCUGGAAAAGGAAAAAGAAAAGUUAAAACAAGAGAGACUAGAGAAAAGAAAACAGCUUGAUAAGAAGCGGGAAUGGGAAAUGAUGUGCAGAGUAAAGCCAGAUGUUGUCAAAGACAAAGAAACAGAGAGAAAUCUUCAGAGAAUUGCAACAAGGGGUGUGGUACAGCUAUUCAAUGCUGUUCAGAAGCAUCAAAAGAACGUUGACGAAAAGGUUAAGGAAGCUGGAAGCUCAAUUAGAAAACGUGCUAAGCUGAUAUCGACUGUUUCCAAGAAAGAUUUCAUCAACGUUCUGAGAGGGAUGGAUGCAAGUACGAGUGGGAAAAGUUCGACUGGAAAGAACUUGAAAGCCAAACAGACUGAAGGGAAAUCAGAAGAGGGCCCUGGAUGGACAAUCCUGCGAGAUGAUUUCAUGAUGGGAGCGUCCAUGAAAGACUGGGACAAAGAAAGCGACGGCACGGGUAACAGUGGCCCAGAGUCUGGAAGCGACACAGACACGUAGGCUGUGGAGGAAACACAUAUCCCAUCGUUGUAUCUUCCCUAGAGAAAUGCCUCAUGCUCUCGGAGUUGGGCAUUUAUAAAGCUAUCAUUUGUAAGAAACCCCAAAGACUUUUACUAUUACCAACUUGAUGUUUUUCCUUUUCAUGAAAACUCUGUGAAAUUAAGUUUUCAGGCUAUGUAUCAUCUUAAGUAUUGGUCCCUCAAAACAUUUGUAAAAAGAAGUAUUUCUGACUGAUCAGCAAGAUGCACAUUUUGCCAGGACGUUGUAAGUUUUACACAGUGGUCUGGACAUUGGUGUUUUUUUUCCAUGUUCGCCAGUUUCUAGAAAUACAGUACUCUUCACAAUUAAAAAUGAACUCCUUGAAGUUACUAUGUUUCAGCUUCCCAACUUAAUAGACCUGUGUGACUGUGUUUUCGGGGGGGGGUUGUCUGGAUUUGGGGCAUUUGUUUUGGUGAGCUAUUGAGGAAACUUAUGUAGUGACGUUUACAGUGAUAGUAUUUCUGAUUCAGUAUGAUGAUUUCAUUUUUAGAUCUUCUGGUAGAUAAGAUUUAAGGAGCACACCGAAUCUCCCCUUUUAUAUUAUGUCCUUUUAUAAGCUACGUAAUACAUAUGUAAUGAUUUAGAUUUAUCUUAAGUGUUAGGUUACUUUUCUAUGAGAGAUUUACUGGGACAGAAAUUCUCAUGUUUAACUUAUGUAGUGAGGCAUAAUUUCUUAGAAAGCAUAUUUAACAUGUUUUAGCGUCUCCCCCCUCCCCCUUUUCCCUGUUAUUUGGGUUAGCUCAAACUCUCUUUUUUUUGGUCUGACUGACCAGUGAAAUAGCGGUUGGAGUGCCAGUAGUCUGCUUCAGAAUAUUCUGUUGGGUUGGAGAUUCAGUUCCUAUUGUUACCUUAAAAGCGAUUAAAUUGGGUGACUUAGUAUCCAGCUGUUAAACAGAAAGGAAAGAGAAAGUAAGACUGUUGAAUAUCAUUCCGAAAUUCUGUGAGACUGGGCCUAAGAUGGAAAGCUUGUAGAGAAAUUAUUUAAUGAAUGUAUCUGUUCCUUUUUUAAAAAGGAUCCCUUCCUUUCUCCAUCUUUCCAUAAUAAAAUGGUUCCCGUCUACUACUCACUUGCACAUACCUGCAUCCUCCCCUCAAAAUUAUGCUGGAGCAGAGAUACUGAUAUUUUCAAACCCAUGUGAGUGUUACAGGUAUUACGUAUCUAAGGUCAAAUUAGUCCAUGGCCUGGUUACUUGUUAUCAUGAAGGUGUACACCUAAGGUAUCAAGUGAUUACACCGGCAACGUUCAAACUGCAUUUUUGUAAUUAUCCCAACUUUUGAACUUUGAUAUCUUACUAAAUUAUAGGACUAUCAUUUUGUCAGGGUAAUUUAAAUAAGUGUGAACAAAUCCUCCUCAAUAGUAAUUAAGAGUGCUAAAUAUCACAGUAUAACCUAACACAUAAAUAUUUCAUUAUAACCUAAUACAUACAUAAUUUUGGAAAAGAAAAUUGUUGCAGCAGUUAAAAGCUUUUUUUCUCCCUAGAAUUAAAGGUUAUACUUCUUUUCUACUACUAAUCUUAUGCUGGAUCAUAUGAAAACUUUGCAAAAAUUCUUCUGAAUAGAAUGUUUGGGUGAUAGAAAUGGGUAAAUAACUUUUCAUUUACUAAAACACUUUGGAAACAUACACUUGGAGUUUUUGGUUUAAUUUUUUAAGAUUGGGCAAGAUUUUUUAACUGAAAAUAAGAAAGAGAAUAUAUGCAGAUUUUCUUCUUUUGGAAAUUAUUCCAAAAUAAAAAUGAGUUGCCAGUAUAAGAAAAAAUUCUAUCAGUUCUGUUAGAAGGCUAUAAAACAUAUUCAAAGUACAUGAAAUGAUUUCUAUCAUAAAGAUGGGGGGAGUUUGAUAUAUAUUAGUAAUGGUGCCUCUUGGCUGUACGAUAUGUAGGUACAUAUUCAUGUACCAUUGUAUGUGAAUGUAAAUCCAAGGAUCAGCCUAUUGUUUUAGAAAUUAAGUAUGUAUCUGGAGAUGAAUGUUUUAAAUAUUCUAGCUCUGUCAUCUCUACCCUAAGUAUUUUACCUACAAUAUUUAAAUUCUCACAUCAGCCAGAUAAACCUACAUCUUCCAUCUUCUUAUAUUGUCUUUGAGUUAAGGGGGAAAAAGAAAAGAACUGCAUUUCUGUAACCCUAGCCCCGAUUUAUCUAAAUAUAACAACAAUAUUUGGAUUUUAUUUUUCAAUAUUUGGAUUUUAUUUUUGUUAACUAUUUAGAAUAGUAUAAUAGUAAAAAGGUUAUUUUUGUUUAGAAAGACUAUGGAAAAUAGUAACCAGGUAACUUGCAACUAGGUAUCAUCUUAUCCCCUUAUCUGGAUAUUUAGAAGGCUAUGGUGAAGGUUCUCAAUAUUUAGCAUAGUUUGUGUUGGUUAUUAAUUGUUUUUAGGCACUGAAAUCUCCAAGUCAAAAUUAAUACCUGUUUCUGACUGAAGAAACGUAGUAGUUUAGUAGUUUAGCACUUUCGCUUGGAGUUGGAGUACUGGGUUUAUUUUCAAGUUCCCUAGAAUUCUACAUAGAUCAAAUAUUCUACUCAUGGAAAAGCAUACCUCAAAACCCUUUCGAUGGGAGUUCAAAGCUCACCUUCAGUAAUCAGAGCCGAAAAUGACUCAGUAGGAGGUUCUGGAAGGUUUAUUUGAGGGUAAGUCCAAAUUCUUUAAAAUAUUUUGUGUGUUUUACAAGGGAGUGAAAAGGGAAUGUUUAUAUUCUGGAAAACCUCAUAGGACUCUCUUAAUCACUGUGGUUUGCAUUUAUGAAUAUAUUUCAUAUUCAGUGGCCGCCUGUGCCGGUCUUCAGGCCAUGAGAGUCCAGAACUUCAUUAUACAACCAUCUGAUUACAGUUCACGGAUGCCUAGAGAUGUCCUAGUUAAAGCUACAGUAGCAGACAUGUCCUGAGGUUGAAGUGUGAACAGCAGCAUACACAGACUGAUGAUAUAAAUUGUGUGGCUAAGGAGUUAAAGGAAUGGCCCAAGCCAUGCCUGGAAAGGAAUCCCCAAAGAGCAUCAGUAUUUCUAUAGGAGACAAAAGAGGUGGUCAAAUAAAUACGGUGAUACUUUUACAACCUUUGGAUAAUUUUUUGCUCACUUUUUUCUUAUUUUUUGUUAUUUCUAUUAUAGAUUUUUAUAAAUAUAUGUGCUAAAAAGCCAUAAGUGAAGUGGGAUGUAAAUUUUAUUUUUUCAGUCUUUGUAAUGACUUUAGAGUACCAUGAUCGUGUUUAGUAUGUUGAUCUGUUUGUGCAACAUGAAUUUCACUUUUGAAAAUAAACAUUUGAAAAAUUACUAGAUA